AGGCGGACGCCUUCGAAAUGGAAGUAGACUCGAAAGAAGUGUGUUUUAUAGACUGCCACGCGCAUGUAUCAGCCAAAGAAUUUAGUGAGGCUGGUGUAAGAGCUAUAGUUGGUGUGACAGAGUUCAAAACAGAAUUCACUGGAAUGCUUGAACUUCAUGAGAGAUUGUCUAUGAAGGUUGGCUUGGAUUUUACUCCACGCUUUAUAAGCAAAGAGGAGGAUAAAGAUGUUCAAAGAGAAGUGUUCAGUCGACAGAUAAAGCUUGCCUUAGAACUUGAUCUUCCUUUAAAUGUGCACUCGCGCUCAGCAGGAAGACAUGUGAUUGAAAUGCUGCCACAACAUGGCGCCAGGAAUGUCUUGCUUCAUGCCUUUGAUGGAAAGCCUUCCAAUGCCCUUAAGGGAGUUCAACAAGGCUACUACUUUUCAAUCCCACCAUCUAUAGCUCGCUCCCCCCAGAAAGAGAAGCUUGUGAAAAAUGUUCCACUUUCAAAUCUUCUCCUGGAAACUGAUUCACCAGCCUUGGCAGCUGAAAAACAGACAAGGAAUGAACCCAAGAAUAUCAGAAUAUCUUGUGAGGCAAUUGCUCAAAUUAAAGGCAUUCCAGUCCAGACAGUAUAUGAAGAAACAACUAAGAAUGCUUUAAAGUUGUUCCCCAAACUGCAGAGAUUUAUAAGAAAGUGAGAGCAGGACUUCAUUGUGGAUAAAUUAUUGGAUUGGAUAAUCUUAUAUUGCUAAUCUUGUGUACAUAUAAAGAUAAAUAAAAUAACUGUAUAAUACUUAA